CCCCAAGGUUCUCUUCCAAUGGUCCCACCUGUAGCCGCAGGACUUCAGAACCUGAUCUCGGAGGCAGUGGUGCGACGAUCAAUCACGGCAAUGACGUCUUUGUUCGACAUAUUGCAUCGUGGUGGUCGAGCACUCGAUGACUUAGACGAAAGGCGGUCACACUUAAGCCAACUCACCAGAUUUCUGAUCAGCGGCUUUCAGCGCGGGCUUGAUUGGCAGGUCGUCAUCGUUCAGUCCAUAGGCACUCUUGCGUUGCUCGCUUGACGGGGAAGUACAACGAGUGGCAGCUACAUAUGGACGGACUCGUCAGACUUAUGGCGUCGACAGGCGGCUUGCAUAUGUUUCCGCCAUUAGUCCAACUACACAUCCGGAAAGCCGACAUCAAGGGUGCUUUUGAGCGGAUAGAGCAACCCAGAUUUUCAUUCUCGUGGGCUUAUGAGCCGAUCUGGUCAUCUCUAUCAUCAGAGACACGGGACCACUGUGCCAACAGAGUCCGGGCAGUCUUUUCGCAAAGCAGCAUCGAUUCGACUGUGAGAGAGACUUUCGUGGAGAUAGCGUAUAUGGCUCAUGUCACAGAGACCGCUUCGAAGACGGGGACCAUGCAACGGAUUGAGCUUCCCAGGCUAACCGAGUCCCAUUUUUACUUGAUCAACCGUUUGCUCACAUCCCCUCGGAUGCUCACACCUUCCGAGGCGUUCAUUCAUUUGCGGAGCACAGACAUGACGCAAGACCAUUUUGUGGUUGACAGCAAACGGUUUUUUGUGCUCAGCAUCAGCGACUCAGUGGAAGAAGCACUGAGGAUCUCGGGACUACUAUUCUUCAAGAUGGUCAAAGGAGGCGCCCGUGAGAGAUGGGACCAACAUGUCAACCAUUUAUGGUUGUUGAAUGGACACCUUCGUCGAAUUUCAGUGUGGUUGCAUGGCUACAACCGGGGCUCGCCCUCGUCCAGCAAGGACAUCUCCUGCAUGCACAUCCACGACAGUACAGAGUAUCAUCCCGUCCUGAGCGCCCGCGGGUUGCUGAUAUGGGCAAGUCUGAUUGGCGAGGCGGCUGCUGCAGCAAGCGAAAGAGAGGUUUGGAUAUGGCCGCGACCAUACGCGGCCGAUCCCGGCAUAUAUCGUGAAAUACUGGCAGAGCUGCUUGGCUCCGCGAGCGACGUUUCCGAUGCUAGUCUCCCCGAGGAAGACCUAGAAUUCUGCCGUAUCUUCCACCUUGGCAUCCUGCAGAACUUCUUCUGGGAUGUGAGAGCAGAAAUAUCACGCGUACUUCAUGGGAAGCCUUAGGUCUGCCCAAGCUGACCCUGUCGUGGACGCGAGAUGUAAGGUCUUCAUACAGUACAGCAUUGAAUUCCUAGCGGGCACUUCUUGACAAGAGUUUCACAUAAGGCGCA